CUAAAAAUGAGAAGAAGAGGUUUUGGAGGAGGCUUUGGAAUGAGGAGAAGACCAAUGAUGAUGGCUCCAAUGAUGAUGAUGCCAAGACGAAGAGUUGUGGUGGUCAAUCCACCUCCCAAAAAGAAAAAGACAAAGAUUGUCUAUAUUCAUGGCCCUCCGCCUCCUGGACAUCAAACGACAACUACUACUGUUGUCCACCAUCCUCCAGCUGUUGAAGCUCAAGGCAUUCAGCAAAAUACUCAUACAAAUGUGAGUAUGGGAGUUCCUGUUGGAAGUAGUAUUCCAAUGGGUCAGCCUCCAGGAGGAUUACCAGAGAGUUCAGACCCGAUGCCUCCAUCUCCUGUCCAAAUUCCUGGAGAACCCCAUGGUGUACAGAAUUAUCCUCCCAUUGGCUCUGAGCCAUCACCUGAAGAGAGUAUAUCUCAAUGAAAGUCUUGUGGAGCACAGUUCAAUUCUAAUGAAGCUCAUUUACAUAAAUGUCUUCUAUGCUCGAAUCCAGGUAAAACUCAAGAUACUAAUGACUUGGAACAUCCUUAUGACCCAGAAAUGACUAAUAAUGCGGAUAUGAUGCCGAGAAGAAACUCAAUUGAGCACCCAGGAGCUAACCAGACCGGUGACUUGACACAAUCUUUACUUCCUGACAAAGUUAUUAAGAAAACCCUUUUGUCAGACCAGAUCUAUAUGCAAGCUUGGGUAGACCUAAAUGUUGGCUUUUUAGAUCGCUUCAAAAAGAUUCAAGCAAGUUUUAGGACCAGAAAACUUGGAUUCUGGGAGCAUGUCCGAGGUAAAAAGUGGAAGAACAUCAAGAAGCUUUGCCCUCCUAUCAAAUACCCUGAGUUUUUGAGCAACCAUAAUAUAAUCUUGACUACAAACAUUGAAAAAUGGCUUGAGAUAAAUCACCAGUAUUUGAUCAGAGAGGUAGAAUCUUUACCCAAGAAAGAUUGUUCCUUCUGUGGCAAGAAAUUUGAGCUUAAAAAGGAUGUAGCUCUACUUCCAUGACUAGACCUAGUGCAUUAUAAGUGACUUAAGAGUAAAUUCAGAGGGUUCCUGUUCAUUCGUCAAAAGGACUCAACCUGAGCAUGUGAGCUAAACUUACAAGAAAUGUAUGAAAGUGUCAAAACUUUUCUUGAUUAUACCUAAUUUUCAAAGUUAAAGGAUCACCCAAUGU